GCUCACACGCGCUGUUGUUGUGAUUGACAGAGAGGAGUCAUGUUAACUUUCAGUUUGCUUUUCGGCCGCACAAAUAUGUUUUAAAGUAAGAAAACAACGAUGUCCGACAUACUGAUGAAGGAAAUGGAGAGCAUCUCGAUCAGUCCGACGAAGCCCGAAGACUGUCCAGACGGUGCUCGGAGCUUCCUGCUGGUGGAUGAACAGGAAAACCUGAAGGUCCGCGAUGAGUCUGAGUUUGUGGACAGGCUGGGCUGCGGGGACGUGGCAGGAGUCAAGGUCCUCUCCAUCUUUGGCAACACCGGCGAUGGCAAGUCCCACACCCUCAACCACAUCCUCUUCAGUGGGGAGAGUGUGUUCUACACCUCCAAGUCCCCAAGCUCCUGUACGGUUGGAGUGUGGGCUGCGUAUGACCCCACCCUCGGCUUGGUCGCCCUGGAUACUGAGGGCCUGUUGGGGGCAGCGGCCAAUCAGAACCAGAGAAUGCGGCUGCUGCUAAAGGUGCUGGCGGUGUCUGAUAUAGUGGUGUAUCGUACACGGGCAGAGCGCCUCCACAAUGACAUGUUCCAGUUCCUGAGCAACGCGUCGGGGGCCUACCUGAAGCACUUCACCCCGGAGCUCAGGGCCCUCUCAAGUCGCUGUGGUCUGGACGUGCCUCUAUCUUCUCUCGGGCCAGCUGUGAUUGUCUUCCAGGAGACUACGCACACCCAGUUGCUCGCACAUGAUGCUAAGUUGGCCGGCCAUGCCGACACGCUGCUCCAGAAGCGGUUUCACGACCUGGGCUUGGGUACGGAGGCCUUCAGCUCCGUGCAGUAUGUUGGCACACAGACCAUCACGCCGCCCACUGACUACAACCGGCUGCUGGAAGCCGUCAAGCAGCAAGUGAAGACCACACACACACGCUCCCCCCGCCAGCCCGGGAUAGUGUUUCACGCUCUGGAGGCCCUGAGUGAGCGUUUCUGUGGCGAACUGUCAGACGAAAAGAUGAUCCCGUACUCCUUCUUCCCAGACGAGUACUUCACCUGCUCUGCUGUCUGCCUCAGCUGCAACAUUCGCUGUAAAAAUGGAAUGAACCAUCUGAGAGACAGGGUCCCCCACAUGGCAGAUGGACUGUGCCAGUAUGUACACCAGUACAACAACAAAGUCCUUAUCUGUAAGAGGUGUUAUGAGGGAGGAAGAGAGGUGAUUGUUUUGCCCAAGACGUCAGCUUCCUCUGAUAACCCAUGGUUAGGACUGGCCAAGUAUGCCUGGUCAGGCUAUGUGUUGGAGUGUGCUAGCUGUGGUGUAAUCUACCGCAGCAGACAAUACUGGAUGGGGAAUCAGGACCCUGAGAGCGGCGUGGUGCGGUCUGAGGUCAAGCACGUCUGGGAGGGGUCGGACACUUUUCUGACGACCCACCAGAACGCUGCCCAGAGGGUCCUGGAUGGGAUGAACUACGUGAUCCAGUCAGUGUCUGAGUACAGCACGGGGCCCACCAAAGCUGUGGCAGCCUGGGUCACUGACCAGGUGGCCCCUCCGUACUGGAGACCCAACACAGAGAUCACUGCGUGUCAUGGCUGUCAGAAGGUGUUUGAGGAGGCGGAGAGGAAGCACCACUGCCGAUCAUGUGGCCAGGGUUUCUGCCACCCCUGCUCCAGCCAGAGGAUGCCGGUGCCAGAGAGGGGCUGGGGCAGUGGGCCGGUCCGGGUGUGUAAGAAAUGCUACCAACAGGGAGGGCCGGCUGACACUAACAGCCAGGUGUGUAAGGUGGAGCCUCGUGGUCUGAUCGCUCGCAGGGUGACGGAGGUGGCGCAGUCUACACUGGACAUGGUCACCACAGCUGUGGACUACCCUAUCUGUUUUAUGAAAGAUGCGGCUCGGCCAGACUAUUGGGUGCCAGAUGGGGACAUCACCCAGUGCCACCAGUGCUCCAAACCCUUCACUCCGGCAAUAUCAAAGCACCACUGCAGAGCCUGUGGACAGGGUGUGUGCGGCCCCUGCUCCACACACAUCAAGCCCGUGCCCUCCCGAGGCUGGGACCACCCGGUCCGAGUUUGUGACGGCUGCCACGCACGCACAGACACUCUGUGAGCUUUUUGAACCUGGAGAACUUCCUCAGAUGAUCCACGAAGAACACUGUGAAUCGUGGCACUGCUGCUCCGAAAGAACAAGGAGGAUUGAUUAUGCGCUAAACUGAAGAACAGGAAUAAUCCUUGUUUUUUGCGUGAAGAGACACAAAGCUUAAAAUGGUCCUCUUGUGAUUCAUCAGUGCUGACCCGGGAUCAGCUUUCCAUCUAAUAUGCCUUACUUUAUCUACUGGUUCUGCAGCGUUCAGAGGCCAAAGACGGAUCAACUUCUCUACAGCCCUACUGCACCAGUCAAGCUGUCCUUAAACCAGCUGGACAAAUGGAAAGCUGGACUUGUGGUUCUAACUGACUUGUGGAAAUGAAGGAAAUAACAACAACUCCUCUCGUUCUGCAGAGCUUAAACCUUUUGCUGUACUUAUGUUUAGUCUUCCUUCAUUUAAUUGUUUUUUGCACAGCCCUGCCGCACACAACCCAUUCUCAAUUUGACCAAUUUUUACUUAAAAUUAUAGGAAAGUAAAUAAGAUGCACUGUGAACUGAGAGACCUUUUUUUAAUUUAGAGGGUUUUUCAACCUGUCUGCUUCAAAGUCUUGAGUUUCAUCUCAAUAUAUUGCAUCAUCAGUGCAAAGCCCUCAGAGAGGUAAAGAAGGUUUUUAUCCUCCUCCUUAUCUCUCUCUCUCUCUCUCUCUCUCUCUCUCUCUCUCUGGGGUAUAAAUCAGAACAAGACUUUUGGAAAAGAGGAGCUCUGUGUAUGAGAAAACACGAGCGACAGCAGUGUGUGCCUUCAUGGGAAUAUUGAUUCCCAUAUAUAGACCCCCUAAUGUCUGUUUUAGGGGUUUCCUUCAUAUGUGCAAGGUGUAAUGAGAUUAUUUGUGCCUAAUUGCAGAGCAACUUAAUCCACAGCCUCGCUCAGCUGACUCAAUUGUAUUUACGAUAUGGUGAAAUGGAUUGGAAAAUAAACUUUGUAGCACAACACUUUAAAGACAUUCCAAUGUAUGGACGUACCUGUUUACUGAUAGAUUGGCUCCUCUGAAGUCUUUAUAAAAAUGACGGCACUCUUUUGAGCGAAUAACGCUUCAGAAAGUAAUAUAAUGAAUGCACCUGCACUUGACUGGACAAUUAAAAUGUUUGGAUAUUUUAAAGGAGCUUAGUUCAAUUGCUAUGUUGAUGGAAUUAUACACUCUCUGUCAAAGGGACUCUCUCGGUUUUAACUGAAUGAAUGCAAUUUCUCUGUGUAUGGAAAUAAUCAAUUUUCAAAAUCUUUUGACAAAAUCUUGAUUUUUUUUCUUCUUUAAUCAGGCUUGUCCAAAUAAAAGUAACAAAGGAAAACUGUGCCUCUAAGAUGUAUUUCCUCCAUUACUGUCUUUCCAUCUGAUCACUCCAUAUUAGUGAUGCUUUAUUUCUAUGAAUGGGUAUUACUCUUUUUUUGCAAAAGUAACUAAAUGUCAAAAGAAAGACAAUGUGGAAAUGAUAAAAAGCAUUAUGUAAUGAAAAUGUCAUGGUGUAGCUCAAAAUGUCACACUCAGGAUGUGCUUAACACACUGGGUGCUUAACAUUUUUAAACAGAUAUGCGAUUAAAAAGCAAUAGCAUAGUAUGUAAUAAAAUUAAAUCAAAGUAUAGUCUGUCUUAAAAAAGUCAGAAAAGUAUUUAAUAAAAAAGUAAUAUCAAAGGUUAUUUUGUAUGUCAUAGAAAAAACUCAUAGUACUGCACAGUAUGUCAUCAAAUAUUCCACAGUAUGCCACAAGUAUGUGCAGAUGUAUAGGCUAUUUUUUAAAAUGUAGUUUAAAAUGUGUAGUAUAUGUAUUUGAGUAAUCUUCUCUUUAGCCUAGUUUCUGGAGGCUUAAAGACUUUAUGUUUAUUCACACGUGUAGCACGUUCUAUUCCAUAGAGAUGAUGGUGCUGCCUGAGUGUUUUCCUUUAAACACUCGAUUGGUAUCCCCUUAAGACUUGAUGCUUCACUUCUGAAAGACUAACUUUUUAUCUGGCAAUUUUUCUCAAGUGAUGUUACCUAGUACUUUUUGUGGGUUUCUUUGUAUUUCUUUCCAUUAGAAAACCUGAGAACUAACAGUGAAGCUGUUAUUCAGAGUAUAGCAAGUGACAGGCACAUAUAGAUGUCUUCCCACAUACAGUAUCUUGUUUUUCUCACCAGCAACCUCCAGUUCAAGGUUAUCUGAAGUUCAUGGCACCUAAUGUCCAGUGCUCUAAUAAAUCGCUGACUAAUGCCCA